AUGGAUUCUACUUCUACAAAACUUAAUAUUUGUCAUUGCGGCAAAAAUAUGAGAAGCUUAAAUUCACAUAAUUAUAGGCUGCACGUUAAAUCAUGCAAGCAACACAAAUUGUCUGAGACUAGUGUCAAAAUCAGUACCUUUUUUAAGGUGAAAACUGUGAAAUAUGCAACUAAUGUGACUGAUGAAACUGUACUCGAUGAACAUGAUUGUUCUUCAAUGAAUAUUAAAACAGCUAACGAUGUAGAAACUAUAACAUUAAUACCAUCUAGUUCAACUUUGGAUACACCUAAUGUGAUUGAAGACACUGUACUGGAUGAACACGAUUGUUCCUCAAUGGAUCAAAAUAUUGAAACAGCUAAUGAUGUAGAAGCUUUAAAAUUAAUACCACCUAGUUCAUCCUUGGGUAAAUACACUGUACUGGAUGAACAUGAUUGUUCCUCAAUGGAUCAAAAUAUUGAAACAGCCAACAAAACUUUAUCAUUAAUAUCAUCUGGUUCAUCUUCCGAUAACAGACUGACAAAUGAUCCUGGAAUAAUUGUCAAAAUGAAAAACUUAGGACCAGAAAUGAAGAAGUUGAUUAUAAACAUAGGUCCUUGUCAACCAACUAAAGAUGAUUUUCCUGCUAAAACUUUUCCGAUCGAUAGAAAUGGCCGUAAUUUCAAAGAUUUGUGGUAUUUUCGUUUAUUAACCGACGGAACUAAAGUACUUAGAGACUGGUUAACAUAUUCAGAAUUAUUUGAUAUACUUGGACCUAUUAAUAAAAUACUUCAAACUCAAGAUUUCGAUGUCAUUAAUGCAACAGCAAUAAUAAAUCAAACUAAAACUAGGGUUAAAAAUAUGCGUGAAGAUAGUGCGUUUGAAAAAAUAAACAUUAAAGUCGAUAAUUGUAUUAGUGACUUGGAGUAUGAAAUUGAACCGUUAAAAAAUAAACGGUUAAAAAGAGUUCCAAAAAAGUCUGGAGAACUGAGCAUUGAUGAACCUAUAAAAAAAUUCAGAAUAGAAACUUAUAACACACUCUUUGAUGUUACACUUACUGAAAUUAAUAGUCGUUUUAAUGUCAUUAGUUGUGGUGUGUUGAACGAUUUAUCACUUUUGACUGAGAAAAGGAUAAUGGAAGUAAGAGAAAGAAAUGUUUUACCAGAUGACUCAUUUUUAGUAUUUUGUCAAGUAUAUAAUAAAUUUGUUGAUAGAAAUGCUUUAAUAUCAGAAUACUUACAAUUUGUUGUUAAUUAUAAAGAAAUUGAAUCUACAAUUAAACUCAAAUCAAAUUUACACACAAUCAUCAAUGACAAUGAUUUAGACGAAGAUAGGAAUUCAGGCGAUGAGAAUUAUAUAGAUUUUAGUUUAUAUGACAAAGAAGAAGAUCAAACAUCAAAUUGCUCAAAACAGAAUUUAGCCAGUGUUGGAAAAUUAUUUAAACUUUUCUGUACAGCAUCACUUCAAAAUGUUUUUCCAAAUUUAUAUUUAACAUUGAAAAUAACUGUUACACUUCCCGUAUCUAGUUGUACAGUUGAGAGAUCAUUUUCUAAACUAAAAUUAAUAAAAACUAAGCUUCGUACAACUAUGUGUCAAGACAGAUUGGAGCAAAUGGUCAAAAUAAGUUGCGAACCUGAUAUAUCUCUUGAUAAAGAUAAAAUAAUAGAUAUAUUUGAAAGCAAGUCAACGCCACUCACUAAAUUAUUAAUUAUUUAA